UUUCCAUCCAAUAAAAAACCAAAGGCUCUCGAAUUUACACCAAAAUAUCCCCUCCUUCACAGCCUAACACAUAAAGCCCAUCAAAAACGUCCAUCACAAGUUCUCAGUUCUAACAAGCAGGAAAAAGGGUCUCCAAUUUUCUUUGAGGAUUUCCUGGUGCUUGUGUUCUCCGAUGGCUACUUCCAUAUCUGCAACUGGGUUCAAGGGAAGCUGGGGAACUUCAAUGGCUGGAGAAGAUUACACCAUGCUAGCCAAGUCGGUACCCAAACAUGUCCGAGUUGGAAAACCCGUGCGGGCGCAGCCUAUGAUGAAGAACGUCAAUGAAGGAAAGGGUGUUUUUGCGCCGAUUGUUGUUGUUACUCGUAAUCUUAUAGGCAAGAAGCGCUUCAAUCAGCUUCGAGGAAAGGCAAUUGCUUUGCACUCGCAGGUGAUUACUGAAUUUUGCAAGUCAAUAGGAGCAGAUGCCAAGCAAAGACAAGGUCUGAUUCGACUGGCCAAGAAGAACGGAGAAAGACUAGGAUUCCUUGCGUAAUGGAAGAUUCAGAUACAUUUUGUUUAGUCAUGAGAAAUGUUUAAGUUCAUAGCUCCUAAGAUUUGGCAUGUAAACUACUUUACUAUCUUAUCAAAAUGCACUUCUCACUUCUCACUUCUCAGUUAGCUGUAAUAUUUCUUCAAUUUGUCUAAAUAAAAAGUCCAUACAAGUUAGCAUUUUGGGAGG